GCAUUUAAAGAAGACAGAUUACCAGACUAAGUGUUAGAAUAGGACUUUAUCAUAUACAGAUCUCGCGAGACUUCCGGUCCGGCCGUGGCUUUGCAGCAGACAGAGGGAGAAGGCAGGCAGCAUCAUGGCGGACAGAGACAGUGGAAGUGAGCAGGGAGGAGCGGCCACGGGCCCGGGCUUCGGCUCUGGGCACCUGGCGGCUGGAGGGGCGGGCUCGGCGUCCGGCCUCCAGCACGAGACCCAGGAGCUGGCCUCGAAGCGGGUCGACAUCCAGAACAAGCGGUUCUACCUGGACGUAAAGCAGAACGCCAAGGGCCGCUUCUUGAAGAUAGCAGAAGUCGGGGCCGGCGGGAACAAGAGCCGCCUGACCCUCUCCAUGUCCGUGGCGGUCGAGUUCCGAGACUACUUGGGGGACUUCAUCGAGCAUUACGCCCAGCUGGGUCCGAGCAACCCGGGCAUGGUGCAGGACGAGCCCAGGCGGGCGCUGAAGAGCGAGUUCCUGGUCCGGGAGAAUCGGAAAUAUUACAUGGAUCUGAAGGAGAACCAGAGAGGACGGUUUCUACGGAUCCGGCAGACCGUUAACCGGGGGCCCGGCCUGGGAUCCACGCAGGGCCAGACGAUCGCCCUGCCGGCGCAGGGACUCAUCGAGUUCCGCGACGCUUUGGCCAAACUUAUUGACGAUUACGGCGUGGAGGACGAGCCGGCCGAGCUGCCCGAGGGCUCGGCCGUGACCGUGGACAACAAGCGCUUCUUCUUCGACGUGGGCUCCAACAAGUACGGCGUGUUCAUGCGCGUGAGCGAGGUGAAGCCCACCUACCGCAACUCCAUCACCGUGCCCUACAAAGUGUGGGCCAAGUUCGGGAACACUUUCUGCAAAUACGCCGAGGAGAUGAAGAAGAUCCAGGAGAAGCAGCGGGAGAAGCUGCAGGAGGAGCUGCAGGCGGACGAUGGAGACGAGGAUUGACACUCGGAAAUAACACCUGAAGACUACUGUACAGAGAAGAACCCUAAAGAUCUAACUGUAAUGGUUUAACUCCGAGGGAGCAUCACUCUCAGUACCAGAACCCACGAGCUGACAGGUCACCCAUAGCUGGAUGUUACUCCCCCCCAAGAUCACCAUUAAUCCAGUUUAACAGGCUGCUAAACAAAGUAAUAACAUUAUAUUUGAACUUUGUUUCCUACUUGACAAAUACUGAACGGAGUGUUUAUUUCCCUUAUUAACAGAACUUUUGUACCAGUUAAAGCUAUUGUACAAAAAAACAAGAGAAAAACAAGAGGUGUUUGCAAUGUUCAAAUGGAAUUAUUUCCGAGCUAAUGACUUCAGCACAAAUCAGAUAUUUUAAUUUUUAAACCAAAAUUCAAAAGGAAAAAAAAAAAGUCUUUCUAAAAACUCGUGUACUUACCAUCCUAUUUACCUUUACCUGUGAGUAGAGAUGUGUUUACACCUGGAAUCAUAUGAGGGCUAGGCCUGCGUUGGAAACUGUUAGAUGU